CCUAAAAUCAAACAAGGAAAAUAAAAUCCCCCAGCACUUACGCAAUGCAGCGAAAUUUACGUUUCUCGAUCUUCUGGCUUUCCCUCGUCUUCCUUCCUCUCCUUUUCUCCGACGCCAGAAAGGCGAAUCUCCCCGGAGGAUGGUUUCCGAUCAAGAACAUCAAUGAUCCGCACGUGACGGAGAUCGCGAAGUUCGCCGUCAGCGAGUACAACAAGCAGUCGAAGGCGAGUUUGGAGUUGGUGAAGGUGGUGAAAGGCGAGAGUCAGGUGGUUUCUGGCAUGAAUUACCGGCUGGUUUUGAAGGCGAAAGACAGAACGGCCGUGAAGACAUAUCAGGCCGUCGUUUGGGAGAAGGAGUGGCAGAAUUUCAAGAGUCUUACCUCCUUUCAUCCAAUCAACGGUUAGAUUUGAUUGUGAU